AUGUUAUGUUUAUGUUUAGACAACACUCGUUUAAUUCACAUAUUUCUUAAUCAAAUUUCAUCGCUUGUUAUCGAUUUUUUUCAAUGGAAAAAGCCAACUUUCACAGAAGAUGGCAAUGAAGAUAUGUUUGCAUGCAUUUUAACUGUAUUCUCUAAGUUACAAUAUUUCCAUUUUGGUCAAUCUCCAUCUCGAUAUCAACGAUUGUGGUUUACAAUUCCUCCAACUAUUUUCUCUUCAUUAUUGUUAGAAUUGCAUGUCCACGUCGAGAAUUUUACCGCUUGUCUUUAUUUACUUGACGGUCGUUUCGUUUCACUUCAAAGACUUUCUGUUGCUAUUUAUCGGAUAUUAUCUCCACAGAUAGUAAUCGAUAAUAAAAAACAACUACCCAACCUAAAACUUUUUUCGCUUCGUUGUGAACGGGAUACAGAUAAGUAUAAUGAAUUGAUUGUGCCACUUCUUCAUCGAAUGUCGAAUCUCGGAGAACUUGACUUACAUCUUGUAGUGUAUUGUGAGAAAAGAUUUAUUGAUGGUUAUGAUUUGAAAUACAAUAUUAUCAAUCAUUUAUUACGAUUAAAUAAAUUUGCAUUUAACAUACGAUCACGUCUGCCUCUAAACGAUCAAGUUUAUUUAUCAUCAAAUCAAGAUUAUCAACUUUCAUUCAAUGGCUUUAGAAAUAAUAAAAUUAUUUUAUGUGUUGAUUAUUUCUCAAAUCGCAAAGAAGGUCAAUGUCAUACUUAUUCAUAUCCAUACGAAGCAAAAUGUUAUGAAUCUAUUACAAAUAAUUUCCCAGGUGGAUUAUUUAAAUGUGUUCGCAAAGUCUCAUUAUACGACGAACGUCCUUUCGAAUAUGAAUUCUUUUUGAAAAUUGCUAAAUCUUUUCCAUUUAUGAGAAAAUUAACUGUAAACAAUGAUAAACCACAGAAGAACAAAUUUGAUGAACAAUCAAAAGAUGAUAAUCGACAUUUAUCAAUCAUUGAAUAUCCUCAUCUUACUUACCUUGAUCUGAAUUAUGCUCAUGAAGAUUAUGUCGAACAAUUUCUACUGGAUACGAAAACAUGUUUGCCAACAACAUUCAAACUGGAAGUUGACUAUGAAUCUAUAGAUCAGGUGACACAUAAUUUUACAAGAGAUGCAACUCGAAUCAAUUGUGCCAAAUUGCUUUUUUUAUAUAUACCUUCUGAAAUUCCAAUUUGGCAACAGCUAAAAGACUAUUUUCCUCUUACAAUAAUUCGUUCUUUUUAA